AUGCGACUCGGUGCUCACGGAUGGUGUUUGGUGUGUGUGUAUUCUGGGGCAGCGAUGCGGUGGCUAUCAACGCACACGUCCCAUCAAGUCGCCGCAUUAUCGUAUCUGCUGCGCGACCCACGUGAGUUCCCGGUGGUGAUCGUGGCAGGCCGCUCUUUCAGCGCCUGCACAACACUGUACCGCACUCUCCCCACUGCCACGUACACGGCUUACAACAGUGAAACGGCGCUUGACGGAGGCACUGCUGAACGCAGUGCCACCUACCCAGAUCUGCCGCAUUCAUCUUCAGUACGUUUGGUCCCACAUACUUCUGCCUUCCUCGGCCCCGAACUGUGCGAAGAGAGAGAUGCUUACGUGGACAUCAUGCAAGGAGCUGCAGAGCCAGUGGGUGCCGUGGAUACGGAGCCUUCGCUGGAUGCUGACGAUGGGGACGCCGCUGCGUUAGAUAAGUCUGGGAGAAUCGCUCGAGACACGCGGGACGAGGAGGGGAUGCGACGAAGCAUUGCAUCCUCUUUUACUGAGCAUUUUCUCUCGUCCAUUGACGAUAUGUGGCAUCCACAAUCGACGUAUCGAUCCGGCGGUGAGACAGCACCGAUGCAGGCCUCCGGCGAGCUACAUGCACGGCUGGUGCACCACGGUGGGUUUCACGGUAUCGAUAGUGACUUCCUCGUCUCUCGCCACGACGUAAAGCGCGGGGCGCUGGUGCCCCGUGUUCAUUGGGUGGUGGCACGGUGGCUUACCGACUAUAAAGUGGAUGCUCGAAAAGCGAUAGACGCAUGGAGCAGCGUGCUGAGUCACUCGCGCCCCGGCGAGGUCGUUUCGCUUGUGCUGUUUGUCAACGUGGAAGUCGUCGACAUUGACGCACUCAUUGGGAUUGGGGGCGGUCACAGGCUUCAGACAGGGCUGAAUCUGAAAUGCUGCGCGACGGUUAAUACAACGCUGCGCCUUGCCUCGCCUCCGCCGUGCGGCUGCGCAGCUUGCGCUGCCGUCUGGUGGCCCCUCUCCGCUCGUUCGUCGCUGUGGGUCUCCCUGCAUCCUCUUCAUGCACAAGCAACUAUCCUUGCCGAAUCCUCCUUUGCCUGCGCGCCAUCGGCUGAGGGGACGGGUGCAACGGCACUCGCUCGGAGGGAAGGCAUGCAGAUCGGUGCCGCAGCAAGUCUACCGCGGCGAAGGCGGCACGUCGAGGUUGCCAUCGUGAAUUGCUGGGAUACGGCGAAUCGAGAAGCGGAGGGAGGGCACACAGCUCAUUUCAUCGCGUUGACAGCAAGUGCUUUCAGGCAUUUUUUUUCCGUGGUUCCCACAGAUCUGCAGACGCACGACCACCGCCCGCGUCCUGGGCAUGGUCAUCUUCAGAGGAUACCAGAUCCGUUGCCCAAGUGGCAGUGGGUGUUGCACAAGGACAGCGCACCUUGUGCUGUACCAUCGUCUGGGGCAAUGCUGUCUCGUGCGUUGCCGUACCUGGUGGUAAGUGACGCAGAGGAGCAGCAGCGGGAGCACCAACGGGCAACGCGGCGCAACGCGGUCGAUGCAGCAACUUUGCAAAGCCUGAAUUCCGGUGUUCUUUCCGCGGGCCUCUCCACAGCAGUCUGUGACCCGACUAGCGCGCCGCUUCCAAGACCACGGUACUUUACCACCCUUGUUUCUGAUGUUGGAUCGCUCCUUGCCUGUGAUGGGUGCCUGUCGGAUCUCUUUGUGUUAGAGUUUCAGCCCGCACUGCUAGAGGCGGAGGAGAGCUUGCAUUAUCAGCGUUUGAUGCGGACCAAAAUUCCUCGUAGCGAUACGGGUUCAACGUUGCGCCGCUAUCACGCUCGCCUGGAGCUUUUGUCAGCCGCUGAGAAGUAUGUGGCAUCUGCCCUCCCCUCCACUUCUCUGACUCGCGAUUUUUUGAAUCGCGCUAUGCGGUUUCUCUACAACUGCGGUCGCGGUCGUGGUGUUCUGGCGUGGCCGCUCAUCGAUCCAGCGGAGGGCCGUCGUUGCCUUCGGGUUGGCUUCACCUUGAGCUAUGAAUUCCACACGAAUCCCCUAUUUUUUUUUCAGCACCUUCGCGGGACGGCACGAACAGGUCGCGCUGGGGAAGCCCGAAUGUACCGCCCUGCAUCCGGCGAUGACCUAGUGUCGUCCCCUUCUGCUGCUGGACCUGGGGAAUCUCAGCCACCGCUCGCUAUAGAAACAGUGAAAGAAGUUAUUUGUUACAUCCUCAUGAACAUGCGGAGACUCGGUUGGGUCUUGGUCUGGCAAGAAGAUCAUCAUCGCUGGCCAACCGCGGUGCCGCCGCCGCAUAUGCACCCCAACACGAAUACUUUACCCUUUGAUGUCUCGCUGCGCAGAUAUCCAGACUUGGGGCGGCAGGCGCGGAUUGCCGCGUCGCUGGAGAAGUGGCGUCAAGAGCAGCUCCGACACAGCAGCAAGCGAUAUGACGUGGACGUCUCUGCUAAGGCAUUGAAGGCGCCUGCAUCCCACCAAAUGGUAGAGCCGACGAGGAUGGCGGCGGAAGGCGCGGUGACAGCGUCGCCGUACACUAGUCUCGAUGUGUGGCAGGCCGCUCUCAUUCCUGAGGACGCUGGCGUUUAUCUGUGGGAAGGCCAAACGGUGUUUCUGGAUGACGGCUGCCCAGGGGUCAUCGUUGAAUUCCGACCUCCGCCAGAGGAGCUGUUUACACCGGUCGAGCAUCACCCAACAGAGGCGAAGCGCACGUACUGGCGCGAGCAGCAGCAGCUGCACGCCGACUUCAUCCGCUUUUAUCGCUGGCGCUGUCGCUGUUGCGCUGCGGCACACCCGCGACAUAUCACGGCCGCCUUCACUGGCCUUCCGCAUUACGUAAGGGCACGAGAAAUGGCGCGCUUUCCUGUAGUCAAGCUGCUGCAUGCAUCUGCAACUGGUAAGCGACUACUUGUGCAAGUGUUGCCGAGACGCACAAUGUGGUAUCAUAUCGCGUACCCGCGCGUGCGUGUCGUGAGUGCUGCGGAGCAGAAGCGCUGGCACGAAGCACACGGUCAGACGGUGUUUGCGGAGAGUGAGCUCCAAGACGAGGUCCGGCUGCUGUCCGCUACAGGCGUUGACGGCCGCAGUGCGUCGAGCGUGAUGUUGUUGCGGCUUCCACUUUCCCCAUUUCGUAUUGAGGUGGCUGCGUCGCUUUUUGUCUCCCGUGUGAUGGAGCUCUCCAAGUUACCCGGUGGCUAUGAAGCACAGCAUGCUCUCUGGCACGCCACCUCUACGAACACGAGGCGAGCUGUGCUUCAGCGUUUGCACACAAAGUGGGCGAUUCAUCAUGGGAAUACCAUCGAGAAGUACGGGUCGGCUGCUCAACGGCUAAGGGCGGCGCAACAGCUUGGGCACAUUAGCUGGAGGUCGUUUGCCGCGCAGCAUCAUUCCACGGCGGCUCUCUGUUUCGCUGGCAGCACCGCUCGUCACGACGCUGCGUUGCUGUAA